AGCUAAUGUUGUAAAUCUGUUAUCAGUACGACUCGGCUUGUAACAUUUUAACACUAAACAUUAACCUCGCAAGAGGACGAUUUAUAGCGCACAUCGCGAGGAAUCUACCCGCUUUCCUCCCGAGCUGAUGCGCCUACCUCAAGUCUUCAGGUGAAGUGAGUCAUCCAUGCCAAACACAUCAAAAGAUCUCACGGGUCCAUCAGAAUUGUCAAGUAUGCAAAAACAAAUCAUGGGCAGGGAAGAAGAGGACCGCCGCCUGAUUGGCGCAUUGGCCCGGGACACCUCUGUCGCUCUAACCCGGCGAGCGUCAAGUGGUGAGCUCCAGCUGCCCCACGCCUUCCCGGUCACGCACUCUCGGGAGAAGUUCUACACCGUCUGCUCGGACUACGCGCUGCUCAACCGGGCGGUGAGGACGCAGGAUGACUGGGACAAGGCCACCCGAGACUUCCAGUCGGCGGCAGCCUGCAUGGUUUCCGACUGCGACAUGGAGGACCUGACGGCCGGCAGGGAUGCCAAGACCACGCUCGCUUGGGAGAUUGACACCACCGACUUCAAGGCGGUGCUCACACGCAAAAUUAGGAAGGGCAGCGUGAAGAAGUGCGGCAGUAAGAUGAAGCCAGACCGAGCCAGCCGGAACCUUCAGGACGUCUUGCCUCACCCCUCGCUAGAAGACGUCAAGCAGAGAAAAGUUCUCGAUCUCCGAAGAUGGUACUGCAUCAGCCGACCACAGUAUAAGACAUCGUGCGGUAUAUCGUCACUGGUGUCCUGCUGGAACUUCUUGUAUAGCGCGCUUGGGGCAGGAAGUCUGCCGCCCAUCUCCCAGGAAGAGGCGCUCCACAUCCUGGGCUACCAGCCGCCAUUCGACGAGAUCAAGUUUGGGCCCUUCACGGGUAACGCCACCCUCAUGCGGUGGUUCCGGCAAAUCAACGACCACUUUCGCAUGCGGGGCUGCUCGUACAUCCUGUACAAGCCGCAUGGGAAACAUAAGACUGCGGGAGAGACGGCGGAGGGAGCCUUGGCCAAGCUGAUGCUUGGACUCCGGGACGAGACCAUGGCCUACAUAUACCACUGCCAGAACCACUACUGCUGCCCUCUCGGAUUCGAGGCCACGCCCCUCAAAGCAGCCAAGGCGUACAGAGGUCCUCUGCCCACCAACGAGAUGGAACACUGGAUCCUGAUCGGAGAACCCAGCAGGAAGCAUGCGGCCAUUCACUGUAAAAAGUGGAUGGACAUCGUCACCGACCUCAACACCCAGAAUCCAGAAUAUUUGGACAUACGCCACAUGGAGAAGGGCAUCCAGAGGCGCACCACCAAAAAAGUGGGUGGGAACCUGCACUGCAUUAUGGCCUUCCAACGCGUCAACUGGCAAAAGCUGGGCCCCUGGGCCCUCAACCUGGAAAACCUACGGCACGGCGGCGGCGGUGAGGGGGAGGAAACUAAGCGCCUUGCCGAACUGGGACGCUCGCAAAGUACGGGCAGCCACAAGGACGCCCCCUGGAAGCGCAUGUCCAAUACAGCAGACAACAGACAGAAGAGCUCGCCCGACAGCGACAUCGACGAGGAUGAUGCCAACUGAACACGGGGACAACAAACGGUAUGAGAACUAACUGAUGCUGGAGCGACGCCAGCACGAAACAUUUUCCUCUGGCGGAGUAAGACACAUUCGGAAAGAUCAUAAAUACAAAUGACGCAGAAUACGCAUAUGAUUACAAAUACUGCUGUUCCAUGCUGAUGGGCCACAUUGUUAAUUUAUUGUUUGUACAAAACACAUAGCUGCUGCAUUACUUUUAUCCUCAUCUUUGUACAUUGUAGCUCAAAACUUUUUUUAAACUGUAUUUUUAUUUAGUGUUACAUUCCCAGGUCUGCUGCUUCCUCCUCCGUUGGUUGACGUGUUUUUAAGUGUCGUCUCAGCUCGCUUAUUUGAUCCGGAUGUACACGACAGCAACCACCUGACAAGACAAACAUUUUCAAGUAGGCUCAUGCGUGUCGAUUUUCUCAUCCAGCAAACGGUGCUUUGGUGAAAAAAUGAUUUUUUUCAUACGUAGUGAUUUGACGAUGAAAUGAAUGUGUAAAUAAACUUGCCAUAUAAUCAA